UCAGUUUUGAAAAAAAAAUAUUUGAAUUGAACAUCAAUUUAAACUCUCCAGCUGAACUGUGCGAUGUUUUUGUACAUUUUUCUGUGCAUUAUGGGAUGGGGAAAUUUAGUAUUGACGAAGCGUCCAUGUUUUAACUCAGACGGGAAUCUAACUUAUUACGAUAUCGGCCAAUUUUGCUGCGGGGGUCAUGUUUACGACAGAGAGGAGGAUCUUCGCUGUUGUGAAGGUGUGAAGAUAUACAGAGAAAAUUCCCACACCUGUUGUGACUCCGGGGAAGUACACGACAGAUUCAUUCAGACCGGGCAAUAUAGAGGAAAGGAACAACGGUGCUGUGGAAACAGGACUCACCUGACAGACACCAUUGGAACAGACACGUACUGCUGUGGAAGUGAAUUCAUAAGAAAAGAUUACGGUUGCUGCAAUGGUACAAUAGCCUUCAACAGGAGUGUUUCAGACUGUGUGAAAUAUCACGUGGUUCCACGGGGGCACGACUUCUGCAAUGGGAUACAAUUCGACAAACGGAAACAGACGUGCUGCGGCAAUUCCCGUCUCCACAAUGUUCCUUCCGGUGACUGGAAUUUUCGGUGUUGUGGGAUGGCUUUAAUUGAUGAUAGAAAACAACGAUGCUGUUCAGACAACGUCCAGCCUAAAAGUGGAUAUUGUUGUGGGACAGGGGUGUAUAACCGAAACAACCAGAUCUGCUGCCGUCGGAAUAUCAUCUCCUCAAAUGGUACAUUAGGCUGUUGUGGAGGGGGUUCUUAUGACAAACGACACCAGACCUGCUGCCACGGCAAAGCAAUCCAGAAAGAAACCGAAAUAUGCUGCCAAGGCACCGUGCACAAUAUCAACAAUGUUGAAAAACCCCAGUGCUGUGGAAGAAGCGUGUACUCUCGGACAUCACAACUUUUUUGCAGAAAUGACGUCAUAACAGACAAAACGAAAACUCAUCACUUCAAUACCUGUGGAAAGCAGCCGUAUGACGGGGAAAAAGACCUCUGCUGCAAUAUGCAGAUCCAUAAAGGGGCCAAGGGAUCUGGGCGAAAAUGCUGUGGUUCAGGGACUAAAAACUAUAACCCUAAAACGGAGGAGUGUCAUCUUAAUGAUGUCAAGAAUAAAACAGAUAGCCAUCCUGAUAAAAAAGAACCGCAAACAUUCGGAAUUUCCACAGCUUGCUCUCCUGAAUGGACUCCAUCGAAAAUGCAAAAAUUCAUAAAGGAUAAGAAAAUAUACAUCUGCAGAAGAAAUGCUUAUGUAAUGGAAGUGAAAUCCUUCGAACUCUACAACAGAACAGACACUUUGCAAAAAGGGACUUUAUUAAACGUGGCUGUGAAACACAAAAUCAACAAUGCCAAGAAUGGUCUGGAGAUAGAUAGAACCUUUACUCUGGAUCUUCCUUGUAGCAGUGCAAAGCUACAGAAACAAAAUUACGAAAUACUGCUCGUAACAGACAUGGAUGUCAAACCUCCUAAGAAAUUGUUUUAUCUCGGGGACAGUGAUAUCAUUCUCCCUUACAAAACGAAGAUAGGAAAGAUUAUAAAAAGAAAAUUAAACACGUGUGAAAAACAUAUUGUAAGAAAUAUAUACGCAUUCAUUAAACAAACUUUGAAAUCAAAAAAGAGAUUACGAUGAAGAGCAACGAGAAGAGGUUAGCGCUAGCAGCAAUAUGAAGGCAUCACCGACUGUAAGUAUAAUACAGGCUUAGCAACCUUUGCCGGGAUACCUCUCAACCUUUGCCGGGAUACACCACAACCUCUGCUGUGAUAUAUCGCAACCUCUGUAGGAAUACAACGCAACCUCUAUCAGGAUACCUUAGAAAAUUGCCUGGAUACCUUGGGACCUUGGUCGGGAUACCUCGGGACCUUGGUCGGGAUACCUCGGGACCUCUGUCGGGAUACCUCGGGAUCUCUGUCGGGAUACAUAUAGAGACCACUGCUGGGAUACCAAGGGACUGUUUUGGAACAUAGAGGAACUCAGUGGGAUACCAGGAUGAGUUAGCAAAUAUUGAUUGUAUAUUGAUUUACUCUUGGUCAGCAUUUUGGGUGAAGAAGUUCACUUUUAUCAGGGACGAUGACAUUAGUAGGCCUCCUUCAUUCAGAUGGAGAUAAAAAAAAACAUUCCGAGGACUUAUAAAUCUAGAUAUUGUUAUGAACUAUUCUUUGGCACUAUUUUUCAUAUGCACUGAUUUUUGAAAAUUUACAUGUACGUUGUAUAUAUUAACAAUAUUGAUUAACUUGUAAUUGUGUUGGAUUCUAUAUAUAACUGGCAGAAUUUCAGGGCGACUCGUUUACGUUUUGAGUUGAUUCUUUCAAUAUGGUCACUUCCAUUGCAUUGAUAGCGCCCCCUGUUUUUUGUUUUUUAUUUUCAAAUGUAUUUUAUCAAACGUUGCCAUAUUUUAUCUUUUCUAUUUGUAUUGUAUAUUUUUUUCAUUUGUAUUGUAUAUUUUUUUCAUUUGUGUUGUAUAUUUUUUCACCAUUGGUCAAGAUUUAGCCAGUAUCGUGUUGAAAACGAGCAAGGUUUUGAAACCACAUGAUAAACUGGUCCCCUAUUUCCACCCAGGACUAGUUUAGUUGAUAAGUUAAAUGGUGGAUAAACGGGGGAAAGUUCAGUAGAAUUUACAGACAUGUAUAGUUAAACAGUAGUUAUAAAAAAGAUAUAGCCUAUGGCUCGAAAUUUGAACCAUAUUUUAAACCAAAGAAAUCAUUUGUAACAAACCAAAAUAGGCAAUCCCUCAGAUACAAUACAAAUGAAAAAUUAUACAAUUAUAUGCCUUCCCUGAAAAUAAAAAUCAUACAAUACAAACGAAAGUGUUUUCCAAUACAAAUGAAAAAUCAUUCACGACAAAUGGUAAAUUUAGAAUACAAAUGGAAAAUAUACGAUAUCAAUGAAAAGUUAUACAAUGCAACUGGAAAAGAUAACAUUGUAUUUAUAUGAUGAAAUCAAAUUAAAUGUGUUCAUUUUUAUCUAUGUACUCCAAUUGUUACUUGUGAAACGUUUUAUGGUGACUUUGAUGUAGACUUCUUUCCAGAUUGUGUUCUAGGAAAUCGGGUUAAAUGUAUUGUAAUAAUUGAGGAGGAUGUCUCAUAUUGUCUUUUGUAUUAUGAGAAUGUAAAAACAAUGGCAGCACGCGGAAUUUGUAGAACUAUACGUCCAUACUAUCAACUGUCUCAAUAUGAGUGAAAAGUUCUCGACGGGACAAACAAUCAACGCCUGUGUUUUAUUUAUCUAUUGUACAUUUAUAUCUGAUAUUUGUGUAGUGUAAUUUAAUGAACUUGAAUAUUUUUUAAACAUAUUUUGUUGCUGUGAUUGGUCAGUUGUGUAUCAGAGUUGUUUGCCAGUGUUUUUAUUGAUAUAUAAAACAUGUACAAUGAAAUACCAUUGGUUAUUUCCCAAAACUGUAUUCAUUCUUUAUACUAUGUAGUGCUAAGUUGUUUGUUUUUGUUUAUUUGUUUUUUGGUGAGGAGGGGGUUGCAUCUUUGUUUUUUAUGCUUUGAUUUUUUGUUUUUUGUUUGUUUAUUUGGUUUUUAAAAAAUAUAUAUAUACAUGUAUUAUGUGUAUAAUUAUUUAUCUUGACAAGUUAUUUCCUUGCUUUGAUUUGCAAUUGUUGAAUGUCGUAACGUUACUAAAGUUUUCUUUUUCUGAUAAAAAAAAAAAUAUCAGCUGCAUUGAUCCGAGAUCGAAUUAAUAUUGGUGACGGUUAAAAUACACUUUCUUCAGCAGAAAUAACUCCCCCGAUAUAUGAAAAAUGUGUAAAUUUGUUAAUUUCCACCUGACGAUAUGAAAUUAUAUGCACAUUAUUACAAAUUUGUACAUGAACAGAGUUGGAACAAUUUUCAUACUACCAUUCAGUUUUUAAACGUUUGCAAAGUAAAUUUUUUUUUUCAAAAACACUAGAUAUAAUAAUGGAAAUCACAUGAAUCUAAGAUAUUUUUGCAUUUGUAUAUUCUGAAAGGUUUCUAUUGAAGAUGUUUUGUAUUGCUUCCUUAUGGUAACUAUGUACAUUUCACAUUGUGUUCAGACAUAGAUGUAAAACCAUUGAGGAAAAUUAUUAAUAUUGCUGUUUUUAUUGGGGUUUUUUUAUUUUUUUAUUAUUGUCAUGUUUUUGUUAAAAUAUAUUUUGAUGUUUUUUUCUUCUUCUUAAAUUGUAGGCCUAAUUCAUCGUUUGACUUUUUUGUUUUAUCUGUAUUAUUGUCAAGUUUCCAAUAAAAUAUUUUUAUAAUGCUAUUUGCGGUUUUUUCCCUUUAAAUUAUAUUUUUUCGCCAAUGAUUAUAUUAAAUAUAAAGGAGCUAACCAAAAUACAUCUUCGGAAAUCCACGGUCGGUCACACUUCUUUUAGGUAUUUUUUCGCCAAUGAUUAUAUUUAAUAUAAAGGAGCUAACAAAAAUAUAUGUCGGAAAUCCACGGUCUGUCGUACUUCUUUUAGGUUUUGGAUUUCCGACCAUGACCCAAAUAGAAGUUUACAACAAUGGUUUUGCUAUCUUUUUAAGAAAUGAAUUUCAAUUUUAUGAAAAUACUUGGGGGUUUAAACUGCGACGCUUCAUUCCGGCAUUUUUCAUCCGGCGCUUCAUCAAAAGUUUACGCUGGCAAGAAGCGUCAUGUAUCAUCCCCCCCCCCCCCCCCCCCAAGAAAUUAUAAGUGAGAUACAGCACUCGCAAUUCAGUAAAAUUAUUAAUAUUGCUGGGUUUUUUUGUUUUUGUCAUGUUUUUGUUAAAAUAUAUUUUGAUGUUUUUUCUUCUUCUUAAAUUGUAAUUUAUCGUUUGACUUUUUUGUUUUAUCUGUAUUAUUGUCAAGUUUUCAAUAAAAUAUUUUUAUAAUGCUA